AUUGCUCUUAACCACUACCUGGCUGUAAAAUUUCACACUAUCUCCUUCUUCCCCAACAUAACAUUAAAAAACGCAGUUAAUGAUUCUCACGUUCUUCCACAUUUGUUGGGGACCCUUUUCUUGGAUCCAACUCCUCGUAAAAAAAUAGCCACUACCCUCUCAUCAAAACCAAAUUUUUCCUUUAUUUUAUGACAAGGGUCCCUCUCCCGUUUUCUUUUACAGUGCCAGCCAUGACCGAGGUGCUCCAUUUCUCUUCCUCUUCGUCUCCUUCCACUUCCUCCGACGGCAUUCUCCAGGAACCGCCCUCUCAAGCGCCGGUCGCCGCCACCACGCAGCAAGACCUCUCUCUUCUCGCCAUUCUCGUCACCCUUUUCAGGAAAUCCUUGAUUGCUUGCAAGAGUGAGGGGAGGAGGGGCCUCUGCGCCAUGGACAUUGGUUGGCCCACUAACGUGCGCCAUGUUGCGCAUGUCACCUUCGACAGGUUCAAUGGCUUCUUGGGCUUGCCUCGUGAGUUCGAACCUGAAGUCUCCACGAGGCCUCCCAGUGCUAGUGCAACUGUUUUUGGAGUUUCAACAGAAUCCAUGCAGUUAUCAUAUGACACAAGAGGGAACAGUGUGCCGACCAUACUUCUACUUAUGCAAAGGCACUUGUAUGCUCUCGGAGGGUUGCAGGCAGAGGGGAUUUUCAGAAUUAAUGCAGACAAUAGCCAAGAGGAGUAUGUUAGGGAUCAAUUAAAUAGGGGAUUGGUCCCAGAAGAUGUUGAUAUACAUUGUUUGGCAGGACUAAUUAAGGCUUGGUUUAGGGAACUACCUACUGGUAUUCUGGAUUCUUUAUCACCAGAGCAUGUUAUGCAAUGCCAGACCGAAGAGGAUUGUGCUGAACUGGCGAGGCAGCUACCUCACACGGAAUCUUCCCUCUUGGACUGGGCUAUCAAUCUCAUGGCUGAUGUGGUCCAAGAAGAACACCUGAAUAAGAUGAAUGCUCGCAACAUUGCCAUGGUUUUUGCACCAAACAUGACUCAUAUGGCAGACCCUUUGACUGCAUUGAUGUAUGCAGUUCAAGUCAUGAACUUCCUGAAGACACUGACAUUAAGGACACUGCGAGAAAGAAAGGAUUGUGUGGCAGAAUUAUCUCCUGGAUCUUGUUUAGAGCCUUCUGAUGAAAACGGGGACCACAGUCUUUUGGAGUCCUGCCAGCAAGAUGAUGUAGACACAGAAAAUGAAGAAGAAGCAGGGGAAACCUUUGCUGAGAAAACUGUGUUAGAAUGUUCCCCUGAGUCCCUCCAAAACAAAAGCUCAACUGAAGGAGAAUGUGGCAGUGUGAUAGGCUCUUGUGAGAAUCUGGUAUGUGAUGAGGACUUGUAUUGUGAAUUUCCACGCAAAGGAAACACUGGAAAGAGUAAGAGUGGCCAAUCAAGUAAUUCCAAUGCUAAAAAGGGGACCAAAAAAGGCAGAGGCUUGCAACCUGUGAUCCAUGUGGCUGUUGAGAAAAAGGGUAUUAGCAAUCUGAGCUAUAUAGAUUCAAGAUCAGAAAGGAUAGAAGCCUGGAGGUGAAAGAAGCAUCACUCUGAUGUAUUGGAGUGUAAUUUGAUUCUGACAUUGUGGCAUUGUAAUUGUAAGUUUGUUUUAAGAACAAGUUUGUGAAGUGGUUCAGAUUUUUUUUUUUAAUUUCCUCGGUUUGUUUAACUUGUCUGAUUUGUAGAAUGACACUAUGAUCAACACUGACAUUGUACUGAAAUAACAUUUCAUAUGUGUGGGGUUACUUGUGUUCUCAU